AUGUUAUUGCGAAGAAAAAAUGUUGGGAAGCAGAACCGCGAUCAUCAGAACUUGCAUGUAGCUGCAGCACUCCGUGAAGUUUUUGGAGACUCUGAUAAUGAAGAACACUCUGAAUAUUCAAUUCAGAAUCAGAUUGACAAUGAGGAAAAUGUCAGUGGACCUGGUGUGGACAAGGAGAUAGAUUAUGAUAAAGAACUUGGGCCUAAAAAUGAAAAUUCUGAGACUAAACCUAAGGAAAAGGAUGUUGUCCCAUCACUUGUGGUUUCAACCCUCCAUCCCCUGGCUGAUCCAGAUAAUGUUUGUGUCAUCUCUUAUUUGCUCAAGCUAUGA